AAGUUUGCCAACAUCGAGGAGGACACCCCAUCUUAUCACCGCAGCUACGACUUCUUUGUCUCCCGCUUCAGCGAGAUGUGCCACUCCAGCCACGACGACCUCGACAUCCGGACGAAGAUCCGGAUGUCUGGCAUUAAAGGCCUGCAAGGGGUGGUAAGGAAGACGGUGAAUGACGAGCUCCAAGCCAACAUCUGGGACCCGCAGCACAUGGAUAAAAUCGUGCCCUCGCUGCUCUUCAACUUACAGCACGUGGAAGAGGCCGAAAGCCGCUCCCCCUCCCCGCUGCAAGCCACCGAGAAGGAGAAGGAGAGUCCUACGGAGCUGGCGGAGAGGUGUCUGCGGGAGCUGCUGGGCCGAGCGGCGUACGGCAACAUCAAGAACGCCAUCAAACCUGUCCUCAUCCACCUGGAUAACCACUCGCUCUGGGAGCCGAAGAUCUUUGCCACUUGCUGCUUCAGGAUCAUCAUGUACUCGAUCCAGCCGCAGCAUUCCCACCUCGUGAUCCAGCAGCUCCUGGGGCACCUGGAUGCCAAUAGCAAGAGCGCAGCCACCGUGCGUGCCGGCAUCGUGGAGGUCCUCUCGGAGGCAGCGGUGAUCGCAGCCUCCGGAUCUGUUGGCCCCACAGUGCUGGAGGUGUUUAACACCCUGCUGAGGCAACUGCGGCUCAGCAUUGACUACGCGCUGACGGGGAGCUACGACUGUGCCGCUGGCGUCAGCACCAAGAUCAUCAAGGAGCACGAGGAGAGGAUGUUCCAGGAAGCUGUCAUCAAAACCAUAGGGUCCUUUGCCAGCACGCUGCCCACCUACCAGCAAUCUGAGGUGAUGGUCUUCAUCAUGAACAAGGUGCCGCUACCCUCCUCGCAGCAGUCCAUCGAAGCUGGCAAAGCCGGGGAGAACCGGAAUCGGCUGACACAAAUAAUGCUUCUGAAGUCCCUCCUCCAGGUCUCUGUGGGCUUCCAGUGCAGUAACAUGCUCACGGCACUUCCCAGCGCCUUCCUGGACAGGCUGCUCUCCGCAGCCCUCAUGGAGGAUGCUGAGAUCCGCCUCUUUGUCCUGGAGAUUCUCAUCAGCUUCAUCGAUCGCCACGGAAACCGGCAAAAGUUCUCCACCAUCACCACCAUCAGCGACAUCUCGGUCCUGAAGCUGAAAGUGGACAAAUGCUCGCGCCAAGAUACUGUCUUCAUGAAGAAGCAUGGCCAGCAGCUCUACCGGCACAUCUACCUGAUAUGCAAGGAGGAGAGCAACAUGCAGGCUCACUACGAGGCUCUCUACAGCAUGCUGAUGCUCAUCAGCAUUGAGCUGGCUAACGAGGAGGUCGUGGUGGACCUCAUCCGCCUGGUGCUGGCAGUGCAGGAGAUUGCCCAGAUCAACGAGGAUAACUUGACAGCGUACAACCGCUGCGCGCUCUUUGCCCUCGGUGCAGCUUACCUGAACCUCAUCAGCCAGCUCACCACCGUGCCCACCUUCUGCCAGCACAUCCACGAGGUCAUCCAGAUGCGGCAGAAGGAAGCUCCCUAUCUGCUCCCUGAAGAUGUGUUUGUGGAGAGACCCAGGUUGAGCAAGAGCCUUGACCGUCUGGGCCCGGAGGUCUUCUUCUGGCAGAGCAAGAUCAGCGAGGUGCUGGGCGGCAGCGGUUACAAUUCGGAUCGGCUCAGCACACCCUAUAUCCCCCAGCUGACGGAUGAAGAUCGCUUGUCCAAAAGAAAGAGCAUUGGCGAGACCAUUUCCCUGCAGGUCGAGGUGGAGUCGAGAAACAGUCCUGAGCGAGAGCAGAGAGCACCAGCAGAAGAGAUCACGUACGAAACGCUGAAGAAGGCGAUAGUAGACAGCGUCGCCGUGGAAGAGCAAGAGCGAGAGCGGAGGCGGCAAGUGGUGGAGAAAUUUCAGAAAGCCCCGUUCGAGGAGAUCGCCGCCCACUGCGGUGCCCGGGCGACGCUGCUGCAGAGCAAACUCAACCAGAUCUUCGAGAUCACCAUACGGCCACCGCCAAGCCCCUCCGGCACCAUCACGGCCGCCUACGGCCAGCCCCAAAACCACUCCAUCCCGGUGUACGAGAUGAAAUUCCCGGACCUGUGCGUGUACUGAGGGCGGCCGUGCUGGUAGGGCAGAGCCACCGCUGCACAGCUCGCACCAAAGGACCUCUUGGGGGAGAGAUUGCUGACCCUGCGGGGAGCGCAUCCUCGUGCAGGACGGGUGGGGACACGGACACCGAGGCCACCCCAAGAUUUGUUGGCAUCACAAACCCGUCUCCCGUACUUUCUUUUGUGACUCUCUGCC